CCAAGCGCUUAGUCCAGUGCUCUGCACACACCAGUCCUAUUUACUGAGCGCUGACGGCGUGGAGGGCACUGGACUGAGCGCCUCGGAGCGCUGGACGGAGGAUGGCCACCGACGGGAGCGCGUGUGCCCCCGAGGAGACGGCCCUGCUGCGGCUGGAGGAGGCCUUCGCCGCCUCCUUGGCCCAAGUCGACAACCUCCUCUUCCGGCCCCUCCUGGAGGCAGGGUCCCCAGAUGCGGCGGACCCCAAGGAGCCAGAGCACGUGCAGCUGCUUCGGGAGUUGUGUGAACGCCACCGGGCCGUCCAGCAGCUGACGGAGGCCGGCCUCCGCGGCCUGAAGAGGAGGCUACACCAUCCGGAGGCCGGGGGCCUCGACGGCCUCCUCGUCCUCCGGGAGACCCCGCUCUUCCUCGACGCCUACGUGCGAUACUUCGAGGCCUUCACCGACUGCGUGGUGUUGCAGUGUUUCCAGUGGGCGGCCAAAAAGAAGAGCUUGGCCUGUGGGAGCUGUCUGGACGCCCUGCGGCCCCUGCUGCCCCCCGCCCCCGCCCAGGCGGCCAACGCUCUGCGACACGUGCUGCUCCAGCCGGCCGUCGACCACCUGCACCGCUACGUGCCCGCCCUGCUGAGCCUCAGCAUCGCCCUGCCUCAGGGGGACCCUGGGCGGGAGCUGGUGGCCCAGGCGGCCCAGCAAUUCGGCAACCUGCAGACCUACCUCGCCCAAGCCCUGGACGACGCCUCGGCCACCCAGGCCCUGUGGAAGACCCUGGGACCCAAGCUGGCCGACCCCCUCUGCGUCCCGGCCCGCCGGCUGCUCCUGGAUGGUAGAGACGCCCCCGUGGCGGCCAGCGUGGCCCGCUGUGACCGCGUGCUGCUCUUCGACGACGUCCUGGUGCUACUGCAGGGUCACAACUUCCAGAUGUUCGACCUGAAGCUGGUCUGGGUGGACGACGCCCCCGCGGACGGGGAAGACCCCGACUCGGACAGGCUCACGUUGCAGAUCAUCACCGCGGAGGGAAACUUCCUUUUGUCCACAAAGGAGCCUCAGUCGAGGGCGCUGUGGCGGUGGAAACUGAGGCAGGCGGUGGGGAAGGUGCUGAGCGCUCAGCGGGGCUCCCCCGUGGCGGCGGGGGGCUGGGGGCCGGGCCGGCCAGUGGAGGCCCCCCCAGCCACCCGCUGGGGCGUCCACACCUUCCGCGCCGCCGGCCGCCUCCAGCGCGCGACCUACGACGGCCAGUGGCACUGGGGGAGACCCCACGGAAAGGGAACCUUGAAGUGGCCCGAUGGCACCAACCACGUGGGAGAUUUCCAGGCCGGCCUGGAGCACGGGUUUGGGAUCCGCCUGGUCCCGCGCGGGCCCGAAGACGAGUUCGACUGCUACAAGGGACAUUGGCAGGACGGGCAGAUGCAGGGCUACGGGAUCUGCGAGUACGGCAACGGGCUGGUGUACAAGGGCUACUUCCUGGCCGGUCAACGCCACGGCUUCGGCGUCUUGGAGAGCGCCCCGCCGGACGACGGGCCAUUCCGCUACACCGGACACUGGGCUCGCGACCGCAAGGAGGGCUACGGCGUCUGGGAUGACCAGGACAGGGGGGAACGCUACAUCGGGACGUGGCAGGAUGACCACCGGCACGGCCAGGGCGUCGUGGUCACCCAGUCGGGCACCUGCUACCAGCGGACGUUCAACGCGGGCCAAAUGGCGGGCAAGGUCACCUUCCCCAACGGCUUCACCUUGGAGGGGUCAUUCGGCGGCAAGGCCCCGGGCAGCGGCCUGCACACCCAGGGCGUCCUGGACACUGGCGCCCACCUGCCCGACGACCGGCUCAUCCGCAAACGGCAGCUGGGGGUGUCGGAGUUUCCGGCGGAGACGCGCUGGCCGGGGGUCUUCGGCCCCUUCCUGGACUUCGUCCGGGCCGGGGGGCCAGCGGGCACCGAGGAGGCCUCCAUGGGCUUCCACGUCCACGGGGCCAAGGAGCCGCGGCCUACGGCGAGGCGGCCUCUCGUCGGAUCGCAGAGGACUCCUCCCGGCGACGAGGCGGCGGGGAAGAUCGACGACGUCCUGGCGGAGAUCCUGCGACACCGGGCGCCCGAGGAGCUGCACGACUACCUGGGCAAGGCCCUGCGGUCGGCGGUGCACCCGCUGGGCAAGCUGCUGGCCACCCUGACGCUGGCCUUCCGGGCCACCUACGCCGGCGUUGGUGCCAACAAGCACCUCCUGGCCAUGGCUCAGGGCGAGGUGAAGGACUGUGCCCGGCGCGUCUGGCAGCUGUACCGGGCACUGCUGGGCCUCGCCCUGGAGCGGCAGGGCCGGAGCCCGGAGGAGGCCCCCGAGGACGCGGAGGACGGGGAGCGCCGGGCACAGGAGGUGGUGCUGCCCCUGGUGCUCCCGCGCUUCCACCCGGACUUGUUCCUGCUGUACCUGCUGUACCACGAGCGGGAGGACGGGCUCUACGCGCAGGGCAUCGCCCACCUCAGCCUCUUCCCCGACGCCAGGCUCCUCCAGUUCCUCCACAUCCAGAAAAAACUGUGGCCUCUGGAGGACCUCACCCUGUCGGCCGAUCAGAGACCGUCCCUCGUCAGGGACAAGUGCUUCCUCUCGGCCACGGAGUGUCUGCAGAAGAUCAUCAUCCCCGUGUCCCCGCGGGAGAAGCUGGCCAUCCUGGAGAAGACGUACGGGGAGAUCGAGGCCACGGUGUCGCGGGCGCUGGGGCGCGCCCACCCGCUGCCCAUGGAUGACCUGCUGCCCCUGCUCGUCUUCGUGGUGUCGCGAGCCAGGAUCCAGCACCUGGGGGCCGAGCUGCACCUCAUCCGGGACAUGAUGGCCCCCGCCCUCCAAGGGGGCAAGUUCGACUUCUUGCUGACCGCCCUGGAGUCGUGUUACAAGCACAUCCAGAGGGAAGACAGCGGCCUCCACCGGGUGCCCGCCCUGCGGAGCCCGCGGGGGGCCCGCUCCUCCUCCUCCUCCUCCUCCUCCUCCUGAGAGCCCUCCGGGAUUCGCACCUGGGGGAGCCGAGGACCCUCCACC